UGUCUACCGCAAAGGUCGACAUUCGAUAUGAUACGUACCGGAUUCCGUAAGAAACCGUACAUUUAUAAACCUGUUAGGUGGAACGAUUUAUCUGACUGCGCUAUAUUUGUUCAAUAUCCGAUAUGGUUUUACAACGAGGAUUACAAUUUACACUCAAGUAUUUGAAACUCUGUUUCAUGCUUUCGUAGAACGUAGCUAAGGAAGUUGAAAUAGUGAUUACACAAAUGGAUAUUUAAAACGAAACUAGGAUAUACUGAAAUUGCGUUUGUGGAAGGUGUUUACAAACAUUUUAAGAGAAAACUUACCUCAAUAUUUAAAAAGACGUUACAGAGGAGCUGCAAAAACAUGUCUAAAGCCGUUUCUUCUAAUAAGAAACCACAAAAACCGGGAUCAUCAAAGAAUCCACCACCAACACACGACAAAAAGAAAGACACAGCAGUUGUCAAUAGCGUGUCAGAGCUCCAGAAGGAAAACGAUGCCCUAAAAUUUCGCAUCGAAUGCCUAGAGAAGCAAUUUAAUCCGAAAGUGUUUGAAAAGAAAGCAGGUCAAAGUGAACAGACAGUGAAGACGCUAUUCGAGGAUGCCUUAAAAAGUGCAGAGGAAACAAUAGUUAAGCUACGAAACGGAAAUUCUUCAGAUGAAAACACUGGCGAGUUAAAGAAAGCCAAAGAUGAAAUUAAGGAACUGACCAACAAGCUCAAUCAGAUGGCGAAAGCAGAAGAAACACUGAAACUUGACCUCCAAACAGCUCAAUCAGAACGAGAUGACUUGAAAAAGCAACUAUCAGAAGCAAGGUCAACAACUGUUUCUGAGAAAAAGACGUCUACUGGGUCCCAAACGUCAGCAGAAAACGAAGCCGAGAAAGCAGAUUCUUCCGAGCAGGCUUUCACAGAGAAGUUGAACAAAGCCAAUGAGGAAAUAAAGAACCUGAACAACAUGCUCAAACAAAAGGAGACGGAAUGCGAAAAUUUAAAACGUGAACUCGAAAAAGCUCAAUCCAAACUGGAUAACUUGCAAAAGAAACAAACAGAUGCCAGGCGCUCUUCUGAUGAGGUUGAAUCUUCCACAAUUGCAACUUUGAAAGAGGAUUUGAAGAAGAGCGAAAAAGAAAUUGAUCGACUGAAGGCUGAUCUAAAAACAGCUAACGAAAACAAAGAUACUGAAACUGCGUCCCUGAAAAAACAGGUCGAAGAUCUGAAAACCACAACCCAUAAAAGCAGUGAUCCUAAUGACACUAAGAAGUUGCAAGAACAAUUGGAUCAGAAUAAACAACAAAUGGAUCAACAAGCGUCCGAACUAAAAAUCGUGAAGAAGGACCUUGAAAUGAAAAAGGAAGAAAUCCUAGGUCUACAAGAUGAAAAGAAAUCAAUAGUGAGCGAGCUUACAAAGUUGAAGUCACUCAAUGAAUCUCAAAACAAUUCGUCUAAGAUAAACACCGGGUUGCAGGACAAAAUUGACUCUAUGAAAGAGCAGAUCACCGAAAAAGACACCGAAAUUGGAAAUAAAAAGUCAGAAAUAGACGCAUUGAAAGUGGAAAUCAAAGAUUUAAAGAAGGCUUGUCAUGACGCCUUUGUAAAAUUAGAAACCAAAGAACGUGAAUCAAAGAAAUUAGAAGAAGAUUAUAAAAAGAAGAUAAAUCAAAAGGAAGAAACCAUCGAUGCACUUCGAAGAGAAAAAACGAUGGAAAAAACAGCACCGCCCGGGCGAGACGACGUGGGUGAUAUAAGACAGCAACUCAGUAAGGCAACACACGAAAUUGAUGAACUGAAAAGCAGGUUGAGCAAAAUGGUUGGCGAGAAUCUAACAAACAACAACCCAAAUAUCACGGAUCUUAGCGACGAGAAUCGACCUACAAAACUGGCUGAGAUAUAUUCAGAAAUGUACGACAACGAAUGGACAGACGCGUUUGAAGAGUUAGAAAAGCAGGGCUCAAAAGAGCUUAACAUUAUUUCGGAUUUGCUCAAGAUACUUCAGGAUACGCUAAAGUUCUGCGGGAAAUUGGCCGAACAAUAUAUUGCGAAUUUACAGAAAUCUGCUUCUAAAUUACACGAUAAAACAUCGACAACGAAUCAAUACCAAAAGCUUCAUUUGCUGAAAGAACUGAGAAAGAGCUAUGCACCGUCAUUAGCGGAUGAAGUUUUCUCGCUGUAUGUAAAGGAAAAGAAUUUAAAAUUCGGUAAAACACCUAAAGUGGAGGCGUAUACGAGAAGCUGCGUAAAAUUGUCUUGGCUGAUGAGCGUCCAAGACCCUGCAGUUGUAAUUGAUGAGGUCAAAACACCUUCCAAAUUUGACGGCGAUCGAUACAGAGCGUACACACAAUCGGGGACCACAAUGGAGUUCGUUGUGUGGCCAACAAUGCUUAUUCAUUCCGGAGGACCAAUUUUAAUGAAAGGAGUUGCUCAAUGCAAGUGAACAAGAGACAAUAACAUAUAAGCGUGUUUAUUUUAUUCAUUAAUUUGAAUCCGUCCAGUUUCUGUAUUGUGUCAUGUUAUGUUGUAAGGAUGUCCUAAACAUGAUUUUCGGACAUAUUCAAGGCAUAAAAAUUUAACUUUU